GUAAGCGUCCACGGCGGCGGGAGCGCCAGGGGCGUGUUCUGCCCGCGGAUUGGCCGGAAGCAGGCGCCGCUUCGAGGCCCGCGGAAAACGCGCGCCGAGACCCGCUCCUGCGGUACUAGUUCUUGCAGCUGGUGGCGGCGGCUGAGGCGGCAUGGAUCUCAGCGAGCUGGAGAGAGACAAUACGGGCCGCUGUCGCCUGAGUUCGCCUGUGCCCGCGGUGUGCCGCAAGGAGCCUUGCGUCCUGGGCGUCGAUGAGGCGGGCAGGGGCCCCGUGCUGGGCCCCAUGGUCUACGCCAUCUGUUAUUGUCCCCUGUCUCGCCUGGCCGAUCUGGAGGCGCUGAAAGUGGCAGACUCAAAGACCCUAUUGGAGAGCGAGCGGGAAAGGCUGUUUGCGAAAAUGGAGGACACGGACUUUGUCGGCUGGGCGCUGGAUGUGCUGUCUCCAAACCUCAUCUCUACCAGCAUGCUUGGGCGGGUCAAAUACAACCUGAACUCCCUGUCACAUGAUACAGCCACUGGGCUUAUACAGUAUGCAUUGGACCAGGGCGUGAACGUCACCCAGGUAUUCGUGGACACCGUAGGGAUGCCAGAGACAUACCAGGCGCGGCUGCAGCAAAGUUUUCCCGGGAUUGAGGUGACGGUCAAGGCCAAAGCAGAUGCCCUCUACCCGGUGGUUAGUGCUGCCAGCAUCUGUGCCAAGGUGGCCCGGGACCAGGCCGUGAAGAAAUGGCAGUUCGUGGAGAAACUGCAGGACUCGGAUACUGAUUAUGGCUCAGGCUACCCCAAUGGACGCAGAAGCCAGCACUGCACCAGCCAGCCAGAAUCCCAGAACUGCCCUUGGACAGUGGAGGCUAGAGUGCCCGGGAAUGCAUGAUGGGGGACCCAGCUCUGAUCUGGGGGUCUCAGAGCCUGAGGAACUGACUGGCAGAGGUCUGCGGGGUGAAUGCGGUGGAAUAAGUGACUGGAGGAUGGAGGGGGUUCCAGGCAUUGGGCACGUGUUGAGGCCUAGAAAUGGGAGACCUGGCUUCAAGAAGGCCCGAGAGGCCAGGUGCCGUGGCUCACGCCUGUAAUCCCAGCGCUUUGGGAGGCCGGGGUGGGUGGAUCACGAGGUCAAGAGAUGGAGACUAUCCUGGCCAACAUGGUGAAACCUCAUCUCUACCAAAAAUACAAAAAUUAGCUGGGUGUGGUGGCGGGUGCCUGUAGUCCCAGCUACUCUGGAGGCUGAGGCAGGAGAAUCACUUAAACAUGGGAGGCGAAGGUUUCAGUGAGCCAAGAUCAUGCCACUGUACUCCAGCCUGGCGACAGAGGAAGACUCCGUCUCAAAAAAAAAAAAAAAAAAAAAAA